UCAAGGUUCUCACCACUCGGACUGCAUGCCGCGAACAACUGGAAAGCGCAAUCCCUCGAUGCCACCACCUGCUUCGCAUCCAAUUGGGGAUAUGGGUGUGGAAAGCAAGACACUGAAGCAACUGAAGCGCGCAGGUCAAUGUCAGCAAUAGCGAGCUCUAUCACCAACUCUGUGGUGGUUUCCCGUCUUCCCAACUCAUGAACCACGCGACUUCCCAAUCCCUCGACUUGUAACAACCAGCGUAGCACACAAGGCAAGUAAUAGCAAGGCAGGGCAAGCAAAGAGUCUGACAACCUUAGGCAAGUCAAUUAAGGGUAAAUUUAAUACAAGUCAAGGCAAGUAAGGGAGAUUGCUUGCCUUGUUUACUUGCAUAUUUCAUGGCCUCUUUUUUUCCCCUUGCAGACCAUUACCGGUUCAAUGCAAGUGAACAAGGUAAGGCAAGUAACAAGUUUAAACAAGAUCCCAACAACGCAACCUAGUCAACGAACAGCCACCAUGGCCGCGACCGUACCGUCCACCGAACGAACGACGAACAUGUCGCCGACCUGUCACGCGUGCGGUCAGCGCUUGGGCCAAAUCAAAGAUCCCCUUCUCUAUGUCUUUCCGCCGGCAAACAACAAUCCCACGAUAGAAAGGAAGAAAAAGAAGAACAAGAAGAACAAGUUGCAGGACGGGGCAGACACGACAGAAGUCCUCAAGACCGAAGGAUCAGGGGUGCUCGCGACACUCGGCAACCUGCUUACCUACGCCCAAGAUUGGAUCCCCGGCUAUCACUUUGCCAAGAGAGUGGUCGACAACUUGUACAGAAGCACAAGUCUUACGACGUCUCUUACGAUCUUUUCGGUCUACCCGGUUGCCUCAUCCGACCCCAUCGUCAGCAUCCCCAUAAAGCGAAAAAGGCCAAAGCACAAGAAAAAGGGAAGUUACAUUCGAGAACAACCUCCCAAGCCCAAGCUGCCACUGCCAGCUUCGCCCUCCAAGCAUACCUGCCGUAGUCUGCAAAUCGAGAAACCAACUUUUCAGGCACCUCGAUGCCUGUCGGUCUUCCUCAAAAUCAACAUCAGCCGAAUAAGGAAUUGGGCAGCUCUUACGGUCCUUGACGGCUGUUGGCCCGCUGAUAGCUGGAGCAAAGGGAGUUCUGGUACCCUGACCUUCUGGGUUCAGGACCAUUGCUUGGGGUUGGGGAGGACAAACUCGCAGAUAAACGAAUGUCGUAUCCUUAUCCGUCGAUGCCAGAGGAAUGACUGGAGCGGUCAAAGAAGAUAG